AUGCCGAUGAGCUGGAGCGAGCCAUCCUCUGAUGAUGAACCGGAGCAAGACAUGCGUUGGGCAUACGCGGAUGGCAACUACGGCAUUCCCAAGAAAUGCUUCUGUGGUAAACCGUUGAAGAUUGAAGUGGCCAGAGGUGGGACUAGUGGGACUCCUGGACGCAAAUAUUACAGAUGUCCUGAGUACGUUAACGAGGAGACAUAUGAGCAUCUCUUUAAGUGGUGGGAUGAGGCAGUCAUCGAACAGAUCUCCCGUUUGGAGAUAAGACUUGAAGACCAAAGGGAGACCAUGUUCGACAUACUACCUCAACCCACCACUCGAGUAGCGAGGGAGGAGGUCAGUGUGCUUGAAGGGGAAGUGAGGGAGGAGAUACGUGUGCUCGCUGAAGAAGUUGCUACUCUGAAGCAACAAAUGGCACGUCAAGAAGGUCAUAUCCGUUUAUGGAAUGACUACUUCAGUGAAGAUGCUACAUACCCGCCCAACUUAUUCCGCCGCCGUUUCAGAAUGAACAAGUCAUUGUUCAUGCGUAUUGUGGGACAACUUUCCCAAGAAAUGCCAUUUUUUCAACAACGGAGAGAUGCCACUGGAAGAGUUAGUCUAUCGGGAUUACAAAAAUGUACAGCAUCAAUUCGUAUGUUAGCAUAUGGUAGUGCUGCGGAUGCAGUGGACGAAUGCCUGCGCCUCGGUGAAAGUACAGCAAUUUCAUGCUUGGAACAUUUCACGGAAGGAAUCAUAUCAUCUUUCGGGGAUGAGUAUUUAAGACGACCCACUAGAGAAGAUCUUCAACGCUUGCUUAAUGAAGGAGAGGAUCGUGGAUUCCCCGGGAUGAUUGGAAGCAUCGAUUGUAUGCAUUGGGAGUGGAAAAAUUGUCCAACAGCCUGGAAAGGCCAAUAUACACGGGGUUCAGGAAAACCAACAAUUGUCUUGGAGGCUGUAGCAUCAUACGAUCUUUGGUUUUGGCAUGCCUUUUUUGGACCUCCAGGUACUUUAAACGAUAUAAACGUUCUCGAUCGCUCACCUGUUUUUGAUGACGUAUUACAAGGUCGAGCUCCAAAAGUCAGGUUCUCUGUCAACGGAAAUCAGUACCGACUUGGAUAUUACCUCACCGACGGUAUUUACCCAAAUUGGGCAACGUUUAUACAAUCUAUCCACCUUCCACAAAGUGAGAAAGAAAAGUUAUUUGCUAGACGGCAAGAAUCUGUUCGGAAAGAUGUUGAAAGAGCUUUCGGAGUCUUGCAAGCAAGAUUUGCUAUUGUCAAAAACCCUGCUCUUAUUUGGGAUAAGGAAGAAAUAGGCAAGAUUAUGAGAACGUGUAUCAUCUUACAUAACAUGAUAGUAGAAGACGAAAGAGAAUCCAACACCCAAAAUGAUCUAUCAGAGUUUAAACAAGGAGAAGGAACGAGAUCUUCACAAGUCGAUAUGACGUAUUCGACCUAUAUGCCCACAAAUAUUGGCAAUAUGAUCGGGAUUCGCAAUCAAGUUCGUGAUAACGAUAUUCAUCAGCAAUUGAAAAAUGAUCUAGUUGAACAUAUAUGGCAUAAAUUUGGUUAA